UUCAUGCUACUCUUCACAAUUUAUAUUCUGACCCUCUUGGGGAAUGGAUCUAUCAUUUGUGCUGUGUACUGUGAUGAACGAAUUCAUACACCCAUGUAUAUACUACUGGCCAAUUUCUCUUUCCUGGAGAUCUGUUAUGCCAGUACUACUGUCCCCAAUAUGUUGGCCAAUUUCUUCUCUGAGACUAAAGUCAUCUCCUUCUCUGGAUGCUUCCUCCAGUUCUAUUUCUUCUUCUCUUUAGGAGCAGUGGAAUGUUUUUUUCUAGGUAUCAUGGCAUUUGAUCGGUAUCUUGCCAUCUGCCGGCCUCUACACUACCACAUCAUCAUGACAAGACAUCUCCGGACCAGCCUAGUUGUCAACUGUUGGAUAUUUGGCUUCCUCUGGUUCCCCAUCCCCAUUAUCUUCAUCUCCCGGUUGUCUUUUUGUGGCCCCAAGAUUAUUGAUCACAUUUUAUGUGAUCCAUCCCCAAUUUUAGUACUCACUUGUACACCAGCUCCAAUGAUGGAAUUUGCCUGCUCCUUCUUGAGUUCUAUGAUCCUGGUGAUUCCCUUCUUCUUUAUUAUAGGGACCUAUGCUCUGGUACUGAAAGCUGUCCUGAAGAUACCUUCAGGAAGAAGUCGAAGAAAGGCCUUCUCCACCUGUGGUUCCCAUCUUGUUGUAGUGUCCCUUUUCUAUGGCUCUGCAAUGAUGAUCUAUUUGAGGCCAAGAUCUGGGCAUAAAUCAGAGACUCAGAAGGUUGUGACCCUGUUUUAUUCCAUGGUGACCCCAUUUUUGAACCCUUUCAUCUAUAGUCUUAGGAAUAAGGAAAUGAAGGAUGCUCUGAGGAAAGUGCUAGGCUAUGAGAAUGAAAGCCUUUGUAAAAGAUAUCUGUUGAAAUCCAAUUAG